AAAGCUAUGAAAGUUAUAUUAAAACAAGGAGGUUGUCUAGCUAGUCAGUAAUCACAUUGACAUGCAUCAAGAAAUAAUUCAAGAUGACAUUACAUAUAUAUUGGCUCAUAGGAGUUCUCUUGAUUUGCUUUCUGGCUGGCCUCAGCACUGCACAAUAUUCAGUGAGUGUGGAGAGACCAUGUCCAAUGGAAACAGUCACUUUCACCUGCACUGCUCCUGGAGAUUUCUUGAGAUGGGAACCGUCAGAUGCAACUCGUCCAAUCGCUGUCCGCUCCACCUCUGAUCUCAAUGUAGCCAGUGUUGUAUCAGGUUACACUGUGACACUGAUUGCAUUCAACGACACUACUUUAACGUCUACUCUGUCAAGAACAGCAAAGAAUGGGACCACUGUGUCCUGUGUGGGUAUUGUGCCUACUCUAACCACUAUAGGAUCUUCAACAAUCCGAUUGGUUGAUCUACCAAGACCACCUUCCAUCAGACACUCCAUUCUGAGCAGCUCAUCCAAUGAAGUCAGUGUAUCUGUACAGUGGGACCCUCCUACUGAGACUGGUGGUAGAGAUGACCUCACCUACACAGUUACCAUCUCACCUCCGGCCCAGCUCUCUGCUACUGUCCUCACAUCCACCUCUGUCACUGUGACUGCUCAAUACAAUGUGGACUACACUGUCAGUGUUGUGGCUACUAAUUGUGCUGGGAACAGUACGGCAGCUGAGUACAACUUUAGGAUUGGCAAUUACUGUCCUGUGUUGACCAACCCCAUGAAUGGAGUGUUUGGACCAACCACCAACAGUUUGCCAGGAUCCACGGUAACCAUCCAGUGUGAUGCUGGGUAUGUGUCUACUGUUACAAUGGUGACAUGUGAGGGUACACUCAUGUGGAGUCCAGACCCUGAGGCUAUUGAGUGUACAUCACUAACCACACCUACUCCCACAACUCUCCCCCCUCCAAUGAAUUGCACAGCUUCACUACCCCCACCACGAAAUGGCACCAUCAGUGGUCAUUCAGUACCAGCUAUUCCCGGUACGCGAGUGGCCUUUCAGUGUGACUAUGGGCUGUUCCCUGAGGGCAUAAUGACUGCCACCUGUCUAGCUACAGGAGAGUGGGACAGGAACAUGGGGGAGAUUGUCUGCAGAGCUGCUCUUUGUAAUUGCGCCAGCCUAUCUGAUGGGAGUCGAUUUGAUGCAGCUGUCUCCAUCAGUGUGGUUGUCACGACAGCUCUAUUCACAGUCAUUGGAUUGUUGAUGGGACUCUUGAUAAUGUAUUUGCUCAUGCGUAAGAAGGCGGCGUACUCCCUGUCAGCUGAAGGUCAAGCUAAUGUAGGACCCACUGUACCAGCUGGUCCUGUUUAUGAGGAGGUGUCACCUAAAGAGGAGAUUGAACUGAACACUAACCAGGCGUAUGGACCAGUAGGACUGUGAAACUUUUGUUAAUGUGCAUGCAUGCUCAUGCACGAUUUUGACAACUUAAGAACAAAUGUAUACAGCAAGAUUUGUUCAUUAAA